GUACUCUUGGUACUAGCAAGAGGCCGAGCUCGCGAGGAUGUGUGCUUGAUCCAUAAAGUCUGUGGUUUUCAAACUGUUCGUGCAUUUUUUUGCAAUUUUGAAUUUUUGGUGCGAUCAUUCAUAGUUCCAAGGGUGCAUAAAUGGAUAGUUCUCAUCUCAUCUAGUAGAGUGACCUGCCGAUAGCGGCUAUAAGCCACUGCCUCUUCUCAGUCCCACUCUGGACUGUGCUGAUCUGCAGUCGGCGAAGCAGACCUCAACAGCCAAGGAGUCCGAAUGACGAGACGCCCCGGCUGUCGAAAAUCAGGACCUGAACAUCGUGGUUAGGCAUUGAACGAAUGAAUGAAUGGGGAUUCGCUUGCCAGUACUACUAGUAGUGUUUGUUGCCAGUGAGCCAGAGUUCCCAUGCUAGCAAAUCCGAAGAUACAGGGAUAGAGGUGAGAGAUACACUAGUAGUAGUAGUAGCAUGUGACUAGAUUUCAGGUGGAAUGGUGAAAGCAGAAGUCGUUCACUUCUGAAGGUUUAAAAUUAUUUUUAAUAGACAGUGUGGAAAUGGCUUGAGUGCGUAACCAGCUCAGUUGAAUACCGUGACACAUACAGCGUGACUGUUGCAGGCGGUGACGCGCAGCUGGCCCAGUUGAUCUGCGAGCACGAGUGUGAUCCACGUAGCCAUAGUGUCCAUUGAGUUAUCCUCACAGCCAACAAUGGGACGACGGCUCGCCACGGAUUUGCGCUCUUGUUGCCCCGUACGAGCCAGUGGACGCGGCUGGUGUUCUACACGUAGGCAUUGCUUGACCAUACUAGGCAUUCUUGCCACCACUCUAGCAGCUUUAACCCUCCUCAUGCAUGAUCACCAUUCAUACAGCGCUCGAGGAAAGGAAUACUUUCGGCAGUCACGCAGGACAAUAGAUCUUCACAGUGACCAUCGGCAAUUAGUGGCCAGCAAUGUGAGCAAAGUAUCCACACAGCCGGCAACCAUUAGCACAAUGACAUCACCAGCAGGACAAUCACUUCAUUAUGAUGUCAUAACACCUAAAUUACAUCGUGAUGGCAACACACUUUCUGAAUUACAUCAUCAUGGUAGCACCACGCCUUCAUCCAGGAGCAACAUCAAUGGUGCGAUUCAUGUGGUGGUCGUGGCGUGUGGGUCUCACACAGAGCGUGCCACGGUCGCACUCAAGUCGGCAGUGAUGAUGUCCAGGACUCGUCUUCACCUGCACGCUUUCUCUGACUCGGAGAAGACGCGACAAGAGAUCAGCACUGAGCUGGCUAGCUGGCCUGACGUGAAGUCCGGCAGAGUGACGCACAGCACACACAACCUGCUCUACCCAGCCGGUGAGGAUGUAGCGGCGUGGAAGUUCCUAUUCCGCCAGUGUGCCACAGUGCGCCUGUUCCUGGCCGACAUUCUCGCUGGCGUUGACAGCAUACUGUACGUCGACUCAGACGUCUUGUUCUUUUCUCCCGUGGAGGGGAUAUGGUCAUUGCUCCACCACUUCAACACUUCACAGCUUGCCUCGAUGACACCGGAGCACGAGGAGAAGUCCAUUGGUUGGUACAACCGACAUGGCAAGCACCCAUACGUUGGCAAGACGGGACUUAACUCAGGAGUCAUGCUCAUGAAUCUGACGCGCAUGCGCACGUUCCGCUUCGCCGACGGCAAGGGCAAUUUGCUGACAUGGUCACAAGCCAUCGUGAAAGUUUACCAUGAGUACAGAAAUGUGAUCACGUGGGGCGACCAGGAUAUCCUUAACAUCUUCUUUCACUUCAACCCGGCGCAGCUCUACAUACACGAGUGCGAGUGGAAUUACAGGCCCGACCAUUGCAUGUACAGGCCGUUUGCUGGAUGCCCGGCAGCCGAGCGCAACUCCACCAUCCGCUUGCUGCAUCUCAAUCGCAACGCUGCAGUGACACCGCGAUGGGGCCUGGGCUUCGGCGCGGUCUACUCCGUGUUCAUCUCACAUGGUGGCGUGUCCAUCCUACCAGGAAACCAGAAUUUGGUUUCUGCUCUCAAGAAGAAGCUUAACGUUGUACAAGAAACCAAGGGCUGUGGAACGAUCAACAGCGUAUUGAUAGCAGCCCUUGCCAAUGGCAUCAGCCAGAUUAGGUAGUGCUUGCAGCCUCAAUAUUCAAAUUUCUCUGUUGACUCAUAGAAAGGUCUCCCAACAGGUUGGAAAGUUCAGCUCCCUCAACCUUAAGAACGGGUUAGGAAGAUGAGCGUUUCACACAUUUCCAAUUUGAUUUCUUACUUCAGUAGAGAGCAAUGGAAUGCAUACAUACAUACUGAUAUGACGUAUCCCCUAUCCUCUGACUAUGACUCCACGAAUGCCCAAGUUUGAGUACACUACUUCUAAAAUAAAAUUUUGUUUGAAGGAAAGAUGCAAACGUUGAACGUUUUUCCCCCUGAGGAUAAAUUUGGUGAGUUCAAUUAUUUAUUUAAUUUGAAGUGACGUAUGCAGCGGAGAGAUCGUAUUUGGAAAGUUCGAGUUGCUGUACACUAAUUAUGAAAGAUGCAAACGGGAAAACUAACUCAUUACUUCGUAUACUUGAUACUGUAUUUUAUCUUGAAACUCCCUGGAACUUUCGUAUUGUUCGCAGACUCUGA